AUGGGUGCCAAUGCUUCGUUGGUCUGGUCAAGUAUCUUGGAGGGUCUAAAUGUUAUUAACCGAGGUGUGCAAUGGCAAGUGGUUAAUGGAGAAAGUGUUAGGCUAUGGCAUGACUGCUGGAUUCAUGCUAUUUCGAGUGCUCGAUUAUCUGACCAUCUAUCAGUUGAUAUAGGCCAGGGGACUCGUGUCGCAACUAUUAUUGAUCCUACUACCCAAUCCUGGAAUGUGGAGCCAAUCAGACAAUGCAUCUCUGCCCAGGAGGAAGCUACCAUCUUGGCUAUCCCUUUUGGCCCCCAUGACGGUAAAUAUAGUCUAAUUUGGCCUCUGAAUAGACAAGGGCAAUACUCUGUCAGGUCGUGGUACUAUUUUCUGCAUCAACGGGCUAGAAUGAGCAUCGUGGAUAAAGCCUCUGGCUCAAGGGGGGUGGAAGGCAAUGACCAACUGUCUUGCUACAAAGGCCAACUUGGCUGGAAGAAGGGUGCCAUGAUCCUCAACAUGCCCCAUAUGUGA